GAACAAACAUACGAUGCUGAGUUUGUGGGCCGAUUGGUUAUGUACAAUCCAACUGACCCGCCGCGACGAUCAAACAGGGGACUAAGUGAACGCACACCUUGCAAUGCUCCUGCACAACAUGACAAUGAAACAGAGAGACGCCCGACCCCACCGUCACCGGUGGCGAGUCACACUCGGAAAUCUAAACCCUGUUUAGCUCCAGGUCUCGCUCUCCCCAUAUUAACUGCGAACAAUGGCAGCUCCGCCUAUAAACCUUUUUCCUUCACGGACAUGAAUUGCAUUUCUGAAAAAAUGCCUACACCCACUGAAGGGGGACAGGGGUGGAUGACUAAAUUCUGUCAGCUGACAAACGGCUGGACAAUAGCGAUGGGGGACUGGAGAGCAUUAAUUGGCCGACAGCUUCCCCUGCAUGAGCAACAAAAAAUUGAAGCUCAAGCUCAAACAGCAAUAGUGCCAGAUGAUGCAUUAUUCACGACCUAUGCUACAGCCAUAGGCACUGCCAUGCGUAUCAUAUAUCCAGUGCCCGAGGGAGCAUUACACUCUUUAACCUUAAACAGAAGAGAUAAAGAGAGCAUGCCUGAAUUUUUCAUUCGGUGUAAAGACACUUGGAUCAGUGUAGCUGGAACUCAUCCCAGCUCGGACAGGCUGCAGACAGCUAUGUUCCAGAGAGCUAUUUCAGAAGGAAUGCCAAGGUCAGUGCAGGCACAAAUGCAAGCUAACCCUGAUAUUUACUAGGAUGUGAUGGAGACAAGUGGGAGAAGCAUUUAGCUCACUAUGUGCGGCAAGUGGAAGAAAAACAAAGAGUCCAUGAUGCUGAGGUGUCAAACAACACAGCACAAUUGCUUAAGAUGCAACUGGACAGCGAGAGGCGUAAAUUACAGGAUGAUAAAAAAGGCCAAUAAACCAACCACUCAUAUGAUGCAGCAACCAGUGGCUCCUGUGCCCACACAGGGUCAACAUGCUCCUCAGCAGCUGGUUGCUCCUCCUGCACCUGCGCCGGCGUAUCCGCCUAUGCAGCCCAUGUACAGACGGCCUCAGCGGGCGAUGGGGUUCGCGAGGGGUGGUUACGGGCAAGGGGGACGCGGACGGGGUGCACCUGGGGGUCAGCCAAUGCGUUGCUUUACCUGUGGCGUGAUCGGACAUAUCUCCAGAUUCUGCCCUAUGACACCGUGGCACACACAGCAGGUGUAUGCGCCUGGACAGAGACCCUCACAAGAACAACAGUAUCAGCCGCCCAUGCCCCAAGCACCCUAUGCAGCAGCCCCUGCACAGUAUCAGCCGCCCAUACCCCAAGUGGUCAAAAGUGGAGCAUCUAUUUUGUGCAGCCCAGACGGUAUGGUUGUGACUUUUCCAAAUGGACAAUCUUUCAACUGCUCUGUUAGCAGAAUUUCCUCGCAGUCCCAGAUGUUUCUGGGUCAGGACAAUUCACCUGGUGCAGAGCCUCAGUGGGCUGACAUCUAUUGGGGGCUGGUGCAACCUGAGACAACGAAAGGGGGCGGAGUUUCGUCUUUGUACACUGCUUGGAAGCCCUGGCUCCACAUGUUGCAUCCCUAUGCUCCUCCACCUGACCCGCUCCACGUGACUCUGUUUUAUGACCGUGACGAGGACUUGGUGUAUCGUGAGGCUUUUGAAGUAAUGGAGGGCAGGGUAGAGCCGGUACACUCAACGUGCUUGUAUGCGGGUGCAGAGGGAAUAGUUGCAGCAGUAAAUUUGAGUCCUGAAUUGUCACAAUAUUAUGAAAUGGCUGAAGUCUCCUCGCCACACAUCACUCUCGCUGUACAUACUGAGCAUCAGGCCAAAGAACUGGGUCCCAUGACCAAAAGGCUGUUAAAAGCUUCGGACUGGGAACCCACUCAACUCCCACACGUGUCUUAUUCUCCAUCAGAAAAAGCAUACAGAAUCUCACAGACGACAGAGGACACCGUCCUUUUGGAACACCAACAAAUUGAGAGAUUUCAUGGCAGAGAAAAAACUGAUCAUCCAGAUGCUGCCGGUAUGCUAAACGCCAUUCCUACCUCUCUCUGGUCUUCGGGCCCGACAGAUGUAGGUUUUUGUUCCACUGUCGCUCCCAUAACUUUUGAUCUAAUUUCUACUCCUGAUUCUAGACCAAUCUGGCAGAGGCAGUAUCCACACAAAGCUGUGGCAGAGGAAGGCAUUGCAGACACCAUUAAUGGCUUAUUAGCUGCUGGUGUCCUGAUUGAUAACCAGAGCAAUUGGAAUACGCCUAUCCUGCCUGUCCAAAAACAAGAUUCAGGAAAAUAUCGCAUGGCACAUGAUUUGAGGGCAAUUAAUCGCAUUGUAGCGACCCCUACACUGUCAGUACCCAAUCCAUAUACAGCACUGUCUGCUGUCGCCCCUGAGCACAAAUGGUUCAGUUGUAUAGAUCUGGCUAAUGCAUUUUUCUGUCUUCCGCUCGAUCCCUCGCUGCGUGACAUUUUUUCCUUCACGUAUGCGGGUCGUCAGCUGACAUACACGAGGAUGCCGCAGGGGUUUGUGUUGUCACCCGGCAUCUUUAAUCAUGUACUCAGAAACUUGCUGACCGAUCUUCCCCUACCACCGGGCUCGGUGUUGGUGCAGUAUGUUGAUGAUUUAUUAAUUGCGUCCCCCACAGCACCAGAUUGCCUCGCUGCUACGGAUGUAGUAUUGCGCAGAUUGCUAGAAGUCGGUUUCAAAGUUUCACAGAAAAAGCUACAAUGCUGCAGACAAGUUGUGUCUUUCCUGGGCAGGGUAGUCUCUCUCAAAGGAACAGGGGUGUCUCCUGCCCACAAGGAUGCUAUCUUGCAUCAUCCUAAGCCACAAACCGUGAAGCAAAUGCUUUCAUUUCUGGGCCUUACAGGCUACAGUCGUCAUUUUGUGCCGGAGUAUGCGGAGCUUACAGCCCCUUUGCGUGCUAUGGUUAAUGAGCAAGGCAUGCGUAAUCUCGCUGCAUCAUUAAUUUGGGACGUGGUCGCUGAACAAAGUUUCAUCACACUAAAGCAGGUUCUCUCGCACACAGCCACCUUGGCAGUUCCUGAUUACACCUUACCCUUCUUUUUGGAUGUUUCUGAAAAACCACACUCAGUCAAUGCGGUGCUUUUUCAAAAAAAGGGGGGAGAGAGACAGGUGUGGUCAUAUGUGAGUGUAACAUAGACGCAACAGAGAACAGACAUGAUUGAUCGGGUGAAAGGGUACAGAUACCUCCUGGUGGCGGUGGAUGCAUACACCGGCUGGCCUGAGGCUGUACCCGCUAAAAAAGAGGAUGCACAAACAGUAGUGAAGUUUUUGAUUAACCACUACAUUCCCACACAUGGUUUCCCUAAAAAGAUUCGAUCUGAUAAUGGCACACAUUUUAAAAAUAGACAUCUACAAGCAGUAGAAGCCCAGCUGGGUCUAAAACAUGCCUUUGGAACUGUGUAUCACCCACAGUCUCAGGGAAAGGUAGAAAGAAUGAAUCAGACCCUAAAAGGUAAAAUCAGCAAAGUGUGUGCACAAAACAAACUUAGCUGGGUGGAUGCUCUCCCACUGGCUUUGAUGUCAGUGAGGAGCUCAGUUAGUUUGCGUACAGGAUUCACACCAUAUGAACUUAGAUGUGGACAGCAGUUUCCUGGACCAGGAGCUGGUGUUGUUAGAGCACAGGAAACUCCUUUCUUGGCCUAUAAGCCAUAUUAUGAUCAGCUCACGGCCCUUGGUUCAGCAUUUUCCGCCCAGAUCGCAGAGAUCAGAGGGGGUGAGGAGAAGCCGCUUCCCCCGACCGACGCUGAGUGGGUGCUCCUGAAGGUCAUCAAACGGAAGUGGACGGAACCUAGAUGGACAGGGCCCUUUCAGGUGACGGAGAGGACAACUCACGCAGUUCGACUUAAGGGGAAAGGAAACACCUGGUUUCAUUGGUCAUUGUGUGCUGCAGCAGACCCUCCUGCGAGAACCCGAGCAGACAUUCGCAGGGAUCUGAAAGAACAAGCAUAAACUGUUCCUGGGUGGUAGAAAAAGGAGACAUUUUAUUAUUUAGCUUCGCUAACACUAAGAGUGUAGAGUCAUUAGGUGUGAAGGCAUAAAACAACUUACGUUGAGAGAAGUUCUGCUCAGCUACAUGUGACGACAAGUCCGUGGAACCUCACCAAGUGACCACGAGAGAUUCCAGAAAAGACACCUAGGUGGUUGGGUAAGUGGAAAGGUGUGCUCGUCUCGAUGGGUGUUUCCCUGGCUGGUAUGUUGUGUGUGGUGGUGUUGGUUGGUUGCUGUUGUAUUCCCUGUAUUAGGUCUCUCUGGAACCACGCCAUCGUGGCCGCAUUUGAGAAGCAGGGACCCCACGCUCGCUACCAGAUGGUUGCGCUACCAGAACUUGGGCAUUGUCGCAGAGGUGCCUACACCCUGGCAGUGGCUCCGCAUGGGGAUUCCGUGUGAAGUCCUGGUUUGUUGGUCUCAGGGAGCUGAGACCAAGAGGGGGACUUGUGGAUAUGGGACUCCACACCUCACUCUUAUAUACUCACAAUUGUCACUAUUUACUCAAUCACAUUCAUUUACUUAAUCAUAUUAUAUCAUAUUAAUUUUACUCAUGUAGCCAAAUAUACUAAUCAUCACGAGUGUU